AUGAUAACAAUAAGCUUCAGAAAUGCUCCUAUGACGUUUGUACCAAUGGAGGACUCUAGAGUGAGUGGACUUCAACUGAAAAGUGUCCAACUGACUGUGGAUCGAGAAUCCGUUCGUAAAAUCCUUUGCAACACCCACGUCUGCGUCUAUCCGGCUCAACGAACCUGCUGUAUUCCAUAUGUUCCAAUGACAAUUAACAAAACAUCUCAAUGUGGACCAUUACCAAAGGACAAACUAUUAUCGAGUGAGGCCCCAUGUUGCCCAAAGGAUGGUUUUUGGUCCCAAUGGAGUGGAUACAUACGUGAUGAGAGCGGAGGAUGGAAACGGUCACGAAAAUGUCUCUCCGAUUCAGCUGGUUGUCCAUGUGACAACCCAACUAAUAAUGUGGAGAUUAGCAAAGAAUGCCCCUGUAAGAAAAUGGUGGAUGUCACGAAUAUGGUAGUUCCCAAUCUACGUGUGAAGCUGGAACGCAUAAAUGGAACUCCAUUCUUUGUAUCUGCACUUCUUCCGAAAGCAAUGUGUCGUGACCUGAAUCUGCCAAAUGGAAACUACACUGUUACCAUGAAUUCAUUGUUGGCCCCUGAACAACUUCCAUUAGGGGAGUUAGUUCAUUUCGAGGCAACCAAUGUGAGAAGCUUAGACGCUCCGAAACUCAAUGAUUUCCCGCUGAUUGAUCUAGCGAUUCAUAAAAAUUUGGGAGAUUUGAUUGGAGAAUUGCCAGCUGUCCCUGUUCUUCCGGCGCCAUUCGGAGGAGCAAAAUCGCGACCGGUCUCCAGAGCAUCAACAGCUGCGUCGGGUGAUGAUGAACUAGUGAAAGGUGUUGGCUUUCAAAAGAAGAAAUACCCAAACAAGAAACCCAAAAAUAAUCAAGGGGUCUUUGGAAAAGGGUUCCCGGUGAAAAAGGAAGAGAACCAAGAGAAAAAGCCGAUUGUGGGAGCAGGAUUCGAAGUUCCAAAGAAAGAAGGAAAUGUUAUUGUUGGAGAAGGAUUUGUUGCGAAUGUAAAAUCUCAAGUUCUGAGAGGAGUUGUUCUGAGCAUCACUGAGAAUCCGAAAAAUGGAGUGAACACUCAUUUCUUGUGGAUCUUGGAUAGACAAGCAGAAGGACGAUUUGUCACUAAAGAAUAUAAGCUUGCACCAGGACACUUCUUUGAGGGGACUUUUACGCAAAGUCCCAAUCAAAAAUGGAACUGUGAAAAGUACGGAAAACAAGUCCCGAAGCCAGCUGCAAUUGAUGGUGGAUUGGACUACGAGGGAAAGAUCUGGUUCACGGUUCUCAUAAAUCAAUUCGAACCAGCUGGAGGGAAUCGAAGAUUCGCUCAAGCCACGGCGAGAUAUUUUGGAAACGUUGUUGAAGGUGAACUCGACGGAACCAAACUGACAUUAAGCUGUAAUGGAAAGAAAGUCAAGAUUCAACGACGAGGAGUUGGAGAGAAGGAUUACGUCUGGAUGGUUUUGGAAAUUCUUCCUACUCAAGCUUAA